AUGUAUCGAACGUUUUGGAAAACUGAAGAAUUGACCGUUGACAACAAUUAUUCGGUAGAGGAGCGCCACUGUGAGGAUUUCUUCCAAUCCACAACGUCUCGUGACGAGACAGGCCGCUACAUUGUCCGGCUACCACGGAAACCCGAUUUCGACGCGAUGCUAGGUGAAUCCAAAAUCGGUGCUCUUCGUCGCUUCGAGCAACUCGAGCGGCGACUAGAACGGGACCAAAAGCUGAAGGAAGAAUAUCACGAUUUCAUGAGGGAGUACCUCUCCCUCGGCCAUAUGCGAUUGGUCGAGUCGGACGAUGGAAACCACUCCCACACAUACUAUCUUCCUCACCACCCCGUAAUCAAGGAGGCAAGUAUAACCACCAAAGUAAGAGUCGUAUUCGACGGCUCUGCUCGUACUUCAACCGGCUUCUCCCUGAAUGAAGCUCUCUGCGUGGGUCCGGUGGUCCAAGAUGACCUUCUUGCCAUCAUUCUCCGGUUUCUGACUCAUCCCGUAGCUCUGGUUGGUGACAUAGCGAAGAUGUACCGGCAGGUUGGCCUACACCCAGAUGAUUGUCCUUUGCAACGCAUUCUCUUCCGGUUCACAAAAAACUCCCCAGUUCAAACCUAUGAAUUGCAAACCGUCACCUACGGUCUAUUCCCUUCCUCUUUUCUGGCGACGCGAGCACUCCAGCAAGUUGCUUCGGAUGAAGGUAAUGACUAUCCAGUUGCCGGCCAAGCACUUCGGAAAAACUUUUACGUAGACGAUUUUAUUGGAGGGGCGAAAACCAUCGAGGAAGCUAUCCAACUACGAGAAGAAUUGGCGAACUUACUUUUGAAAGGUGGAUUCAUGCUGAGAAAGUGGACAUCAAACCGCCUUGAAGUACUGCAGAGGCUCCAGGAUGACCAAAUCGGAACGCAAUCAAGCCUACAGUUCACACCAAUCGAAUCGAUAAAAGCGCUAGGAAUUCGAUGGGAGCCAGAGUCCGACACACUUCGUUUCGAUUCCCCAAUACAGCAACGUAAUGAGCCUCCAACAAAGCGAUCAAUCCUCUCCGACAUCGCUAGACUCUUCGAUCCGCUCGGCUUAAUUGCACCCAUCGUAGUCAGAGCCAAAAUCCUGAUGCAGGAGCUAUGGUCCCUCUCUUGCGACUGGGAUGACCCAGUGCCUCACAUUAUUCGACUAAAAUGGGAAAAAUUUCGACUUGAGCUUCCAGGAAUUGCAACCUAUCGAAUUGAUCGCUACGCCUUUCUCCCAGAUGCACAAAUCGAGCUGCAUACAUUUGCUGAUGCGUCAACGUCUGCAUACGGAGCAUGCACAUACGUCCGUUGCGAAAAUGCUCUGGGUACCGUACGAAUCAGGCUACUUGCCUCAAAAAGCAAGGUAGCUCCACUAAAGAGACUGACAAUAGCUCGCCUGGAACUGUGUGCUUGUGUUCUGGCAGCUCAUCUACAUCAUCGCAUCAAACAGGCAAUCCACAUCAAUGUAUCUGCAUCGUAUUUCUGGUCCGACUCUGCCGUUUGUUUGUAUUGGCUUCGAGCACCCCCUAGCGCUUGGAAAACAUUCGUUGCCAAUAGGGUCUCCGAGGUGCAACACUUCACCCAUGGAAGCAAAUGGAACCAUAUAUCCGGCUCCGAGAACCCCGCGGAUCUAGUUUCACGCGGAAUGUCAGUGGAAGAUUUCCUGCAAAGUGAAGAUUGGAAGCAUGGCCCUUCAUGGCUAGCACACCAACAGUCCUCCUGGCCAAUCUCAAACCUACCUGAAGUCUCGGAGGACAUUCUGGAAACCAAAAGCGUUGUUGCAUCCAUUCAAACAAUAACCAGCAUCAACCCAUGGUUUCUUCGGUGGUCGUCCUAUACUCGACUACUCCACACUGUAGGAUAUUGCUACCGUUUCGUAACAAGAACACGUUCAAAGGCCAGAACCCAGUCAAUUGCACCCCUCACGGGAAUCGAACUCGACGCGCAGUCACUCACCGUCCAGGAGCUUGUCAACGCUAAUGCCUUUCUAACCAGGCUUGCCCAGCAAGAUGUCUUCGGGGAUGAGAUCAAGGACCUGCAGCGAGGAAAUACCGUAAUGAAGAAAUCGCCAAUACGUCGAAUGUGUCCAUUCAUCGAUCCGGAAGGAAUACUACGAGUAGGAGGCCGAUUGAAUCUGUCUCAGCUUCCAUACCAGUCCAAACACCCUGCCCUCCUCCCAAAAGAUCAUCCAUUCACCAGGCUAAUCGGAGAACACUAUCAUCGGAAGCUCCUCCACGGCGGCGGGCGUCUUCUGUUGUCGUCGAUUCGUGAGGAAUACUGGCCACUGAACGGUCGUCGUUUGGUCCAUAGCAUCGUACGUAAUUGUUUCCGUUGUAUACGCCAUCGUCCGCAGCCCGCUCACCAGCAGAUAGGUCAGCUACCAGCAGCGAGGGUUAUACCAAGUCGUCCCUUCUCCAACACAGGCGUGGAUUAUGCUGGCCCUCUAUACAUGAAACCCAUCCAUAAACGAGCAGCCCCGGCAAAAGCUUACCUGUGCAUAUUUAUAUGCUUCGCAACAAAGGCUGUCCACCUAGAGUUAGUCGGGGACCUCUCUACCCAGGGGUUCAUUGCAGCGUUACGCCGAUUCAUUGCAAGACGUGGAAUCCCAGCCCAUAUUUAUUCGGAUAACGGAAAAAACUUUGAGGGAGCAAAACGAGAGCUAGGCGAGCUAUUUGCCAGGUUUAGGAGCCAGAACGAGCAGAGCAUUAUUGCUUCUGCUUGCACAGAUCAGGGAAUUACUUGGCACUUGACUCCUCCCAAGGCCCCACAUUUCGGUGGCCUAUGGGAAGCGGCGGUCAAGACUGCCAAACGACAUCUAUUUCGACAAUUGGGUAAUACACGUCUGUCAUUUGAAGCAUGUUACACUAUUCUGCACCAAAUAGAAUCUGCGAUGAAUUCCCGUCCUCUUUUGCCGAUGUCCGAUGAUCCUAACGACCUCGCCGCCCUAACACCAGCACACUUCCUCAUCGGUACCUCGAUGUACGCCCUGCCCGACCCAGCCACUCAGCACACACCAGUGGGCGCCCUUGAACAUCUUCAGAAGCUCCAGCAUCACGUUGAAAAUUCUGGGUUCACUGGCGAACCGAGUAUUUGCAGGAGAUGA